CAGUCUGUUUUGCUCGCAAGCACUCUUGAACAGUAUAUAAUCAAUUGCUUAGUAUACUGUCAUUUCAAAGUACGCGUAUCACAAACGAAAACGUGCUGGCAGUGUCAUACGAGUUUGGGUAAAAUGAAGGAAAUCCCUUUGAGUACUUGCGAACGGGAGUCUGUCAUAUCAGCAAUAUCUCGAGGGGUUAGGCAUGACAACCGGGCAUUCCUAGAAGUUCGUCAUAUAAAAGUCAGCUUUGGCAAAGACUAUGGCAGUUGUACAGUAACUCUUGGCCAGACAAGAGUUUUAGCUCAGGUAACAUGUGAGGUCGUUGAACCUAGGCCAUCUCGUCCUAAUGAAGGGAAAAUUUCAAUAGCUGUUCACCUAUCUCCGAUGGCAGCUCCACAUUUUGAAGCAGGAAGGGGUAUUGACCUUGUGGAUGAAUUACAGCAAGUUCUUGACAGGAAUAUUAAAGAGUCAAGAUGUCUUGAUGUGGAGUCCCUGUGUAUCAUGGCAGAAGAAAGUGUUUGGCAGUUUCGUGUUGAUGUUACUGUAUUGAAUCAUGCUGGAAAUCUUGGAGAUGCAUGCAAUAUCGCUGCUGUAGCAGCCUUAAGACAUUUCAAUCGUCCAGAUGUGUCAGUUGAAGAAGACGGUCGUGUUACAGUACACACCUUAGAGGAAAGAGAACCAAUACCAACAUAUAUGAAGAAAGUUCCAGUUUGUCUCACCUAUGCAUUUUUUGUUAUUGAUGGUAGAACACACAUGCUUUUGGACCCUUCGGAAAAAGAAGAAAGGGUCAUGUCAGGAAAGCUGGUUGUUGGUCUUAAUCCCCAUGGUGAAAUUACAUCCUUGGUUUUCCCUGGACGUGUAUUAUUAGACCGGAAGGACAUCAUGAUGUGCAUAAAAAAUGCAUUCCAAAUAGCCAAAGGUUUUGCAGAAAUGGUUCAGAGAUUGGUAGAUGAGGACUUGGAAAAAAGAAAAGCUUUAGUUAAAGCUGAUGGCUACACCAAAAAUUUAUCCUCAGAUAUAACUUACUCAAGACAUUUGGCUAAGGAGAAGAUUCGCACUGAAAAUAGAUUUAAAUUUGAAGUUCCAAAUGAAUCAGAUGAGGAGGUAAGCAGUUCAGUUGGUGGUCCAGAUGAAGAAAUAAAAAUGGAGGAGGAAGACAGAGAUGAAGACGAAAAUGAAGAUGCCAAUGAAUCAGGUGGAGAUAGUGAUAUAUUGUCACGUAUCCAGAGCAUUAGACAGUUUACCCUUGGGGAAUCAAGUACAAGUAAACCCAUGGAAACUGAUAGUGGAAGUGAAGAAGAGGAUGUAAAAGACAAGUUAACAGGUGAUGAUCUUUUGUAGCUUUGUAGAUAAUUAAAUUGAGAAAUAUGUUAUCAUAUAUUCAA